UCAAGAACCGUGUAUCUUAAGACCCAUAGUAGUUGAGAGUUUCAAAAAUACAUUUAAAUUCCCUUCUUCCCAUUUAAAUUCCAAUUUCUUGCUCACAACAAGCAAACAGAAAUCCAUUUUAAUUUCAUCUUUUCGUGUUUGUGAAUCAUGUAAAAGUUACACUCUCAAAAGCCCUUUAGUCCUUCAUGCAAGUAAGCAAAAUUUUUCAUGUUCUUGGAGAAGAAAUUAAGUAUUAAUUGAGAUUAUCGCUUAAGUUUUGUUCUCUUUUUCCGAAUAUUUUCUCGUAAUUUACGAAAUUUUCCUCCCUUCAUUUCAGCUGGCUUUCGAGAAUUCUGUGGUUUUCAUUUUACAUGUUCAAAUUCUUGGAGUGUUUAGCAUUUAGUAACGUUAGAAAAUACCAAAUUUAACAAGAAAUCAAACAAGUCGGCAACUAAGUAGCUAGCAAUGGAAAGAUCGGGAGAAAUGAAAGAGGAAACUAUGCCACCAGGGUUUCGAUUUCAUCCUACAGAUGAAGAACUCAUCACAUAUUAUCUGGUAAAUAAGAUCUCAGAUGCAAAUUUUACUGGAAAAGCCAUUGCAGAUGUUGAUCUCAACAAGUGCGAGCCGUGGGAUCUUCCAGGGAAGGCGAAGAUGGGAGAAAAAGAAUGGUAUUUUUUCAACCUCCGCGAUCGAAAAUAUCCGACCGGAGUAAGAACUAAUCGUGCCACAAAUACUGGAUACUGGAAGACCACUGGGAAAGACAAGGAGAUCUUUAACAGCAACACCUCUGAGUUAGUUGGGAUGAAGAAAACAUUAGUUUUUUACAGAGGAAGAGCUCCCAGAGGAGAGAAAUCCAACUGGGUCAUGCAUGAAUACCGUAUUCAUUCCAAAUCCGCCUAUAGAACAAGCAAGCAAGAUGAAUGGGUGGUAUGCCGUGUGUUCCAGAAAAGUGCUGCAGGGAAAAAGUACCCUUCAAACCAUUCAAGAGCUGUGAAUCCCUACCCUUAUAAUAAUCUCGAUUUAAGCCAAAUUCCCAUGUCCACACAAAUGAUCCAGCCUGAUAAUUUCCAGUUUCCGGUGGGACGAAACUAUAUGAUGCCGGCCGAGAUGCAAGACUAUAAUAAAGUCUUCAGAUCGAGUGGCUCGACUAGCAUGAACGGACAAAUCCCACAACAUCUUAACUACACCAUGGGCGGUGGAGGAGGAGGAGAAGCAGGCAUUUUCACCAUUUCUGGAUUGAAUCUGAACCUCAGUGGUGGCGGUGGUGGUGCCCUGACGCAGCCGCCCUUCAUGAGGCCACCGCCACCACAGCCACCACCUCCGGUGCCCGCAAUCAACCCACAAGAUUUGACCUCAUCCAUGCUGACUGAUGCUGCAGGCUAUGGAGGGGACAUGAAUAAUGCAAAUUCAAUGAAUAACAGGUUUAUGGACAUGGGUGAUUUAGAUAACUACUGGCCUACUUAUUAAUUUACACUUUGCAUGCUUCAACUCAGAAGAUUUGAUGAAAAUUUCGUGGAGUUCCAAUUGUAUGAUAAAUUUGCUUGAAUAGGGAGAAUUUGAACUAGUUCUAUUUCUGCUGCUGCUGCUGCUUGCUUGUACUUUUGGAUAAUAUUGUUCGUGCAGCCACUGGUUAUUGAGGGUACAACUCUAGGGCUGGUGUUUGCUAGACUUAAUUUUAUUAGCUAUAGAUAGGAAUUGCUAUGUUUCAUGAAGUUCUAAUAUUAUCAGA